GAGCCGGCAAGCAGUUUGAAGCAAAUAGUGCCCGAGAGGUCCUCAUGGUGCAGAGUCAGAGCGGCGACGAGGACGCUGCUGAUCCCGCUGCAGUAACGAGCGGACGAGGCAGAGAAGGAGGGCGGCGAUGGGAGCAAGAACAGGAACUGUCCAGGGGCCAGGAGGACAACGAAGAUGCCGGGCAGUGCCAGGUGCACGACAUGGAAGCCGAGGACUCUGCCAAGCCCAGCGACAGCUCCUGCUCUUGCUGCCUCCUCAGAAGUUUCCCCUGGAGACGUGAGACGCCCGGAAUAAAGAAAAAAAAAGCCUGUCCAGGGCUUGGCCUGUUCUAUACGGUGUUGUCUGCCUUUCUCUUCUCUGUGGCGUCUUUAUUCCUGAAGAAAAUUGAAGAUGUACAUUCCGUGGAAGUUAGUGCCUUUAGAUGUAUUUUCCAAAUGGCAUUUGUUCUUCCUGGUUUAAUAUACUACAAAACAGGAUUUCUAGGACCAAAAGGUAAAAGACUAUUUCUUUUCUUCCGAGGAUUGCUUGGCUCUGGAGCAAUGAUUCUUCUUUAUUAUGCUUUCCAAGUGAUGCCUCUUGCUGAUGCUACAGUCAUUACUUUCAGCAGUCCAGUUUUUACAUCACUAUUUGCCUGGAUAUUUCUCAAGGAGAAAUACAGUCUUUGGGAUCUUCUUUUCACUCUGUUUACAAUCACUGGAGUGGUGCUUAUUGCAAGACCACCUUUUUUAUUUGGAUCCAAAGUUGCUGGAAUUGAAGGAAACUACACAGAUCAUCUUAAAGGGACAAUAGCAGCUGUUACAAGUGCAGUAGCUGCUGCUUCAACGUUUGUUAUAAUAAGAAAGGUGGGGAAAACAGUGCAUUAUUUUUUGUCCAUUUGGUAUUAUGCAGUAAUUGGGUUAAUAGUAUGUAUAAUAGCACUUUUCGUAAUGGAUGCAUGGAGUUUACCCCAUUGUGGCAUCGACAGAUUUCUCUUUAUAUUAAUUGGACUGUUCGGUCUAGGUGGCCAAAUAUUUCUUACAAAAGCAUUACAAAUAGAGGAAGCUGGUCCUGUUGCUAUAAUGAAAACAAUGGAUGUGGUGUUUGCUUUUAUUUUUCAAAUUCUUUUUCUCAAUCAUUUACCAACAUGGUGGACAGUGGGAGGUGCCCUUUGUGUGGUAGCUAGUAGCUCUGGAACUGUGAUUCGGAAGUGGCAUCAAAACUCCAAAAAAAGUAUAGAAAAUGAAAUUUAACAAGCAGAGUGCUAUUUCAUUGCUGAAAUAGAACAAAGCUGUCAUAUUAUUUACAGUAUUUUAAAUAUUCAUCUGUUGAUCAGUUUUUUCUUCACCACCAUCUUUACUUAAUUAAGUAGGAGUAGUUGUCACAACUCACUGACUUUGUACAUUAAGAUUUGGGGUUGUGUUUCCAUGACGGCUCCCUGCCCCCUAUGCAAUGUAACAAACCUGUUCUAAAACAGAGGAGACUUUUCAACAGGAGUUCUGGAAUAUGGCAUGGGAUCUAUUGUUCAAUUGUGUUGUUGUUUUUUUAAAUCCACUAGGCAUGCCUAAAGUCUUUUCAGUGCACCUAAAGUAGCUGUUUCAAUCUUAAUCAUUUCUUUUGCCAUACAAUUCUGGGUGAUAUCUAGCUAAUUCAUACUCAGAGCAGACUACCAUUGGAUAUCACCCAAUGUCAUGUAUGUCCGAAUAAAGCUGUUGCUAAAAGCCAUUUCAUACAUUAAAUUAAAAAUGGGGAAAGAAACAUAAGGAUCUUGCAUAUCUUCUCCCACUUGUGUUGUAACUUGAAAAACAUAUCUCUCCUUCAGCAAGAUUGGUGAGCUCUUGAAAUCAUAUGGGGUUCUUGGACCUCAUGGGAGAGAGCAACAGGUUUGACUUCACAGUGGAGGUGGGAAGAGAAGCACCUGUGAUCUGUGCUGCAUUGUUUCAUGCUUCUGUGCAAUAUAUGAUGUGGCUGCUGCACAGUUAAUAUCGUCAUUGAUCCAGGAACUUGUUCACAGAGUUGGUGCUCCCAUACCAACUACGGCAGAUAUUGUUCCAUGAGUGCAUGAAGCACUUCUCUUUUCCAAAGAGGGAGAUCAUCACUUGCACAUGUAGGGCUGAAGUCUGCCCAGUUCACGUUUCAAACUGGUAAUGUUUGCUUUUGUACAAAGUGAGUAUAAUCUGACUACAGAAAAUGCAAAGAGACAGGAUCAUGCUCAUUACCAUUGUUCUAACUAACAUUCAGUUAAACAUCAACAACCAAAAAAAGUUUUAAGUUUUUAUUUUGAUGUGAUGGAUUGAUGGAUUGACAGGGCUUUCCCUCUUCUUCUGAAAGCUAAGAGAAAUUAAUUCAUGCUGGGUUUUUUCACUGGGUCUCUGACAAAUUCUUUAUUUUUAAAAGUUCUUUUUAGUAGUUUUUAUUUUGGCAUAAUUGUUUUUCUAUAUUCUGGUGAAGCAAAUCUUAAAACGUAUUUAUAGCUAUAUCAAUUGAAAUAUUUAUACCUCUUUUCUAUUAUGUUGUGCCUGAGUAGAUGGAGCAAAAACCAUAUUGACUGCUACUGUUCAGCUGCUGCAGUUCAAGCAAAAAGAAAAACAAUGGCCAAUUGUACAAGUGGCCAUUUCUUUUCAAUGGAACACAUUGUAGCUGCACCCAUGCUCAAUACUAUGCAAAAUGUUUUAGUGUCUGUCUAUUUAGUUAUGCAGUUAAAGUAAUAUCUACUUGUCAAAUAUGCCAGAAUUUUUGCUUUAAGGAUGUUGGAUAGUUUAUCUUAAGUGGGAUGCACCAGAUGCUAUUGCAUUCCAAAGAUGCACAAUAAGCUGGCAUGCUGAUGAUGCAUCAACAUUGCCACAUGCCAUUGCAAAAUAUGCUAGUAUAUCUGGAUUUGUGUACUUAUCAACUGAAAUCCAAGCAUUUGGGCAUAACUGGUUAAGGGUCAGUUCACUGAAUUAUCAUGGUAACUCAAGAGUAUUUGUUAAUCUAUAUAGCAACAACAACAAAAAUGUCAAUCUGUUGCUUUGAAUUUGUGGCCUAUUAUGGGUAUCCCAUUCAUUAAAGUGGAGAAGACAGAGAUAACAUUGUAUAGAGAACUUUCUUGGUAUUAGUGCAAAAAGGAAAAGCCAAGCCUUGUUCAGACAUUACAUUGUCUUGCAUUUGUUCUGAUGAGCAUGUGUGCAAUGCAACAUGAGAAUGUCUAAAAUGCGUGUUUAAUCACACAAUGUACUAUAGGAACUAGAAUCUGGACAAAUCAGGGUUUUAUAUCACAGAAUGUAUUCUGCAGGUGUUGAUUGUAUACACACUUGAUUGUGUACUGUUGUAUUUUUGUUAGGGCCAUAUCUUGCUAUAAUUUGGUCAGCCAAACCAAACAAGUGGUAUUGGUGUGAUCAGCAUUUUGUAUUCUUAUUUCUCCUCAUUGCUUGUUCAGUGCUAACAUUUCCUGUUUGGUGUGACCCCAGCCAAGUUCCUGUCCAUAGGUAACGUGGGUGUCUUUAUCAACAGAUAUAAAAAUAGCACACUGUUCAGGAGAUUCAAAAUCUCAUCUCUCAGAGUCUGUUUUUCAUUAAAACACAUAUAGCUUUGUUUUCAAGUCAUUUACCACUAAAACUAGGCUUCUUCCCCAUUUCUACUUUGAUUUAGAAUAUUGCUAAUGAUAUAAAUUUGGAAAUGGAAGCAUCAAUAAAUCAACAGAAGGCUAGAAUUUCCCUGUAUGCCUCUUAUUUUCAGCUAGCCAAUGAAAAGGGUGUAUGAUGAAGCAUUGCCCUUUGAAAGGCAGAUCUAGGCAGAGUAGGGUAACAUCCAGGAGCUUGCUGAUGUCAGCAUACGUAACACUUACUAAAGUGGAGUCAACAUGAGAGCACCACACACAUCACUUUGAUUGCACAUACAUUUGCAAUAAAUAAAUAAAAUUGUACAUGAGAAUUAGCUAAUGCAUAUUCAAAAUAAAAACAUGCCAUACACUCAUUGAAUAUACAUUACAACAAUUGUACAAGGAUCUAGUGUACUCAGCAGUGGGGAAGUUCUAGUAUUAGUCUAUUAAAAAAAAGCUUAAUCUCAUUCCACAUUUACAACAGUGGGGAAGUCAGACCAAUGGGCCUAUAAAGAUUUACAAUUUAAGAAAUUGCUCCUUUCCAAGGAGAUUUUUUUUCAUACCUAGCUACCCUCAGGGUGACAAUGUGACUUCCUUCCCCAGGAAAGGAAGUGUUCUUACUUUUUCCCCUUCUUGGGAGGACAGAGAAUGGCAAGAGGAUACACCAGUGUUUCAAGCCACACUUUGCCUGUUGGGAUAAUUGUGGGAGGAGGGACUUUUGGAAUUCUACAUACUCAGCUUCCCUUAUGAGCAACUGUAACAUGCAGCCAGGCUCCUAACAGCAACCCUUGGUGCUAUGUGGCAAGCUGCUCCCAAAAUGCCGGUGUCCCCUCUGAUGCUGUGGUUGGCUAUGUUUGGAGUGUGGGAAAGCAAGGCACCCUGGUGUGUGUGUAUAUUGAGAAGUACUUGCAUGAACCUAAGCAAGUUUUUCAGAUCAUUUUCCCCUACCUGUCCCCACUGGCUUAUUGUGCAAUGAACCCAUGACCUCAUAAGUAUUGUUACAUGCUUUGCACUUCCUGAACAGUAAGAAAGCCAGGGGCAGCAUUGCAGAAGCAAAGCCCACUGUGUUCAGUUAGGCUUAUCCUGGUAAAUUAAGUGUUACAUCUUUGUGGAGUCAUCCAAAGCAUGGCUGGGGAGCAGCAGAUCCACAACAAUAACUGAAGACCUGUUGAUCAAGCCAACCAAUGCAAAAGGUCAGGGUGUUUACCCUUUUCCCUGACUUUUGCUGCAUUGGCUCCAGGCUGCUGCAGUUUAUUGUCUUGAGGAUUGGAGACCUCAGAAUUUGCAGAGCGUUGGAUCCCACAGACCCAAAGCCUUUGGUGCACUGCCCUGAAAGCUGCCCAUGCAAUGCCUUAGCUUCCCACCCACCAGGGUGAAAUUGGGACCUCUGCUAUGGCAGAUUCUUCCCCUUAUUAGCAGCACUUCUCUCCAGAGAGAAGCAUCCUAAGUCCCCCCCCACCCCAAGUCAUCAACAUGGGAUGCUAAGGAUUGUGUUGUUAAUAAUUUUUUAAAGAUUAUUUUCUAUUUUUUUUUCAAAAAACAAGAUACUUUGAACUACUAUAACUUUCUCCUCUAUUAGCAUAGCAAAUGAUCUGCAUAAUUUAUUAGUUUGUCCUUUUGUAUUACCAUUCUGUUAAAAUGGGACACUUUUUAAAAAGCGUGUUAUACAAGCAGCUAGACUGACUUGCAUCCAGAGGUCCAGGACGAGUUGGGACCUAGCAAGAUGCCUGUAUGUGAGAUGAAGCAAUUUGUUCAUCUGCCCCCUGUUGCCUACUUUGGCUUAUGGCUCUCCAAGAAUCUUGGGAAGACAUCUUUCCCAUCACCUGCUCCUAAACUUGUGAUGCCAAGGAUUGAACCUGAGGUGUUCUGCAUGCAUAAUUAGUACUCUACCAUUGUACUAUGGUUGGGUGUUUAAGCCACCAUGCAAAGGGGUCUCUACCACAUCAGAAUCAGCCUACAGCUGCCACAGAAGCACCAUCUGCUGCUGCUGAGCCUGUUCUGCGUGGGAGGGAAGAAGGGGGCCUGGAUGCUGUUGUAGUAUCACCAGUUGUAUUGUACUAACUGAGACCCUUUUGCAGCAUUUUGUGUGUUCCUAUGCUGGUGCCAACGUUUAAAUUUUUUUUAAAAGUAAAUGCUUCCCAAAUCUGGCAUAGACACUGUGCGUGUGUCUCUCUCUGUAUGUAAGUAGAUGCUUGUUAAAAUGUUGUUUUAAAUCCAUGUUUUCAUAUUACCUGUUUCACCAAUUAUUUUAAACAAUC